UCCCUUGGAAGCCAAUAUAGGAGUAUAUUUAAUUUUGGUCAACUGUUUCAUAGUACAACUAGAUACUGCUCCAACUUCCCAACCAUAUUCCUCUUUGACAUUAUAAAUAUCUAUCACCUUUCCACUCUAUUCCAUGCAUUCGCUUAACAAUAAUCCAAGUUAAUUAGUAUUUCUCUACCUUUCUCUUUCUCUCUUAAUUCUUAAUUUCUAUACAAAAUUUUGAGCAACUAUCACAAAAUCACACACAGAAAGAAGCAAAUGGAGAUGCAAUCUAAUUAUGUUCCGAGAUGGACGCCUAGUCCAAAUAGAUCACCUCAUAGACGUCAUGAAUCCGAGACAAAUGAAAGCAUUACAUCAGAAGAUAUUCCUUUUAACAACAUUAAUCCAACCAAAAAUUUCCCAUUUAGUAGUCAAACACCUCAUGUUGCAAUUGGUUCAGUUGGAGCACCAUCUCUAAGGGUUGAUUCUGAAAUAAAAAGGUCCUUAGAAGAGGAAAAUUAUUAUGAAGCACCACCACAAAUUAAUGUUCAUCCUAUGAUUAGUACUUAUAAUAUUACUAGUAAUUUUCGAUAUGAUGAUGUGCCUUUGAGUGGAAAGUUGUAUAAUGAAGGAAUUUAUUUAACAUGGAAGGACUUGUGGGUGACUGUACCAGACAAGAAAACUGGGAGGAGAGCUAUAUUACAAGGCCUUACUGGUUAUGUUCAACCUGGUGAAGUCUUGGCCAUUAUGGGCCCUUCUGGUUGUGGCAAAUCCACUCUUCUUGAUACACUAGCAGGGAGAUUGGACUCGAACACAAGACAAACAGGAGAAAUCCUCAUCAAUGGUCGUAGGCAAUCACUUGCUUUUGGCACUUCGGCAUACGUGACACAAGAUGACACGUUGAUGACGACACUGACAGUGCGAGAAGCAAUUUACUAUUCAGCCCAACUCCAACUCCCCAAUUCGAUGUCGAGAUCCGAGAAGAGAGAAAGGGCUGAAGCAACCAUAAGAGAAAUGGGUUUGCAAGAUGCAAUGAACACAAGAAUUGGUGGAUGGAGUGUUAAAGGGCUAAGUGGGGGACAAAAAAGAAGAGUUAGUAUUUGUAUUGAAAUACUAAAAAGGCCAAAACUCCUAUUUCUUGAUGAGCCAACAAGUGGGCUUGAUAGUGCUGCCUCUUAUCAUGUUAUGAAUAGAAUAGUUCAAUUGGCUAAACAAGAUGGAAGGACUGUUGUGGCUUCUAUUCAUCAGCCAAGUAGUGAAGUGUUUGAACUUUUCCAUAAUCUUUGCCUUUUGUCUUCUGGAAGGACUGUCUACUUUGGCUCCAUUUCUGCUGCAAAUGAGUAUUUUGCUUUGAACGGAUUCCCAUGUCCAACAAUGAGGAAUCCAUCUGAUCACUACCUAAGGACAAUCAACAAGGACUUUGAUAUUGAUAUCGAAAAAGGAGUUACGGGAAAAACCACUGCCACAGAAGCAAUCAACAUUCUUGUUAAGUCAUACAAGACCUCACAAGGUUGUCAACAAGUUCAACGCAGAGUUAUGGAAAUUUCCCAACAGAGUGGAGGAGAAGAGGCAAAGAAAGGAAAGCAAGCAAGUUUCAUUACUCAGUGUAUGGUUCUCACAAGGAGGUCCUUCGUGAACAUGUAUCGUGACCUUGGCUAUUACUGGCUUCGUUUUGCAAUUUAUAUUGCUUUGUGCUUGUGUGUUGGCACUAUUUUUCAUGACAUUGGCCACGACUUUGGCUCUAUUCAGGCUAGAGGAUCAAUGCUGAUGUUUGUUGCUGCCUUCUUAACCUUUAUGGCCAUUGGUGGAUUCCCUUCUUUUGUCGAAGAUAUGAAAAUUUUCACUCGAGAAAGAUUAAAUGGACACUAUGGUGUGGCUGCAUAUGUGGUGGGAAAUACAUUUUCUUCAAUUCCUUACCUUGUAUUAAUCUCAGUAGCGCCUGGCGCUAUGGCUUAUUACCUAGUCGGACUACAAAAGGGGUUCGAUCACUUCGCCUAUUUUGCAUUAAUGCUAUUUGCAACCAUGAUGUUAGUCGAAAGUCUCAUGAUGAUUGUAGCAAGCAUUGUCCCUGACUUUCUCAUGGGGAUUAUAACAGGAGCUGGAAUUCAAGGUGUUAUGAUGCUUAAUGGAGGUUUCUUCAGGUUGCCUGAUGAUCUUCCUAAGCCAUUUUGGAAGUAUCCAAUGUAUUACAUUGCAUUUCAUAAAUAUGCAAAUCAAGGAUUCUACAAGAAUGAAUUCUUGGGAUUGACUUUCCCUAAUGAGCAAAUUGGAGGGCCAUCCAUCAUAAGUGGUGAUGAGAUAUUGAGAAAUGUAUGGCAAGUGGAAAUGGGAUAUUCAAAAUGGGUGGAUGUUGCAAUAAUAUUUGGAAUGGUGAUACUCUACAGGUUCAUGUUUUUGGGAAUAAUUAAGACUGUUGAGAAAGUUAAGCCUAUGAUUAGAUCAUUUAUGGCUCGUUCUUCUAAGAAUCCAACUCAUGCAGAAGAUCCUGACUCUUGAAGAAAUAUUAUCAUAGAGAAGGAAUUAAUAACGAUGUGUUGAGAAGUUCAAUACCUUGAUCAAAAAGAUGCAUUGCUUUUGUGUUGAUUAUAUAUUUUGUUGCUGAUGUAAAAUGUGUACUAAAGUAUAUUAAUGAUAGCCAAAAGGGCUUUUUUUUAAUUAAAAAUUUCAAAAGGGGUACUUACUUUUGAAAAAAAUCAAAACGGACAAAACGCUGCGAGCCCAACGACUUACAAGUCGUUCGAGGCCCAGUGACUUGCAAGUGUUCACUGUUCACCUCCUCCUUUUUUUUUUUUUUUAUUGGAUUCAUGUAUAUUCAUUCCAUAUAUCAAUUAUUAGUGAACCUUUAUAUAUGAUCUAUACAAGUGUUAACUGUUCGCCUC